CUUUCAAAGUCCAGGCUGUUCGGCUCAGACUUAGAAGUGAUCAUUCAGCUCUUGACUUGAUUAGGGAAAAAGAUGUCAGGAGCAACUUUUAUGCGAUUUGCUGCCCGGACUGUGCUAUCGGCACCUGCUUGUAAAGCCGUCAAGAUCCGAGGAUAUCAUCGACAAUACUUGACUACUUUCAGGAGCAAUACCUCUACUAUUAACGGUGGAAGAACUGCAUUCUUUCUCACCUUACCAGUACUAUCUUAUCUAGGCUUGGAAGCCUACAGGAGGGUGCAGAGUGCAACUGUGGUCCAUGCUCUGGAAAAAGCUGAAGAGGCUGUGGAACAAGCAGACUACCUGUACAGCUGUGGGGAGACAGAGAAACUCUACCAGCUUCUGCUACAGUAUAAGGACAGUGAUGAUGCGGAGUUCCUGUGGAGGCUGGCGCGGGCAUCUCGUGACCUCUCCCUCCUCGCUCACAUUGCUGCUGACGAGAAGAAGAGGCUGACCUUUGAGGCGUUUGAAUAUGCCAAGAAGGCCCUGGAGAAAAAUGAGGCCUGCUUCGCAGCACACAAAUGGUAUGCAGUGUGCCUCAGUGACAUAGGCGAUUACGAGGGGGUCAAAGUAAAAAUAGGAAAUUCUUACAUCAUUAAAGAACAUUUACAGAGGGCCAUCGAGCUAAAUCCAAAAGAUGCCACAUCUAUCCAUAUCUUGGGUUAUUGGUGUUUUGCCUUCGCUGAGUUGGCGUGGUAUCAACGUAAAGUGGCAGCCAUGAUCUUCGCCUCUCCUCCCACUGCCACAUACGAAGAGGCUUUGGCGUUCUUCCUGAAAGCUGAAGAAGUGGACCCAAACUUCUACAGUAAGAAUCUACUGAUGCUGGGGAAGUCCUACAUGGCAUUGAAGGACCAGGGGAAUGCUGUGCUCUGGCUGAGAAAGGCACGGGACUACCCCCCUCACACAGAGGAAGACAAGCAGGUCCAUAAAGAAGCCCUUGACCUUCUGAAGAAGCUCAGUGCAUAAGAUGACCUAGUCACAUGGAGGCAAGAGUGCACUGUGUUGAUAAUAGGUGUAAUCUAUGUCUAUCUACUGUAUGUAUAUUUUUGUUCCUAAUGCAAGAGUGUACAUAGGCUAUACUGUACGGCCUUAACAGGAAAUGAUACAUGCUUUUCUACUAACCUGUGUAUAGUGAUUUACAGAUGCUGUGAUUUAACUUUAAUUAAACUUUAUUUUAAUUUAA